AUGUGCCCGGCUACCUUGAAAGACCUUUCUGCCAAAGAAGCAAUUAUUACACGUGAAGACAUUAACAAUAAAGGGACGUCACCUCCUGCUAGUGAGAAUAUUGAUCACACUCUUGGGCGGGUCACUCCAUUGGAGACGCCAGACCGAAAUACAAUGCGGCCAAUACGUCCUACCUGGGAAAGAAAUGGUACUCGCGCGUCGCAUCCGCGUUUCCGAUAUACCCAGUGGCCCUGCGACUUUCGUGCGGCGUUCUAUAGCGAACAUAUGGAGGGACAGAACGGCCAAACAUCCGAUGCAUUGCAUAACCAGACGAUACUGCGACAACGCCGCGAAAUCGAGAGCUUGAAGAAACAGCUGAGAAAAUUCAUAGCGAAAGCCAAGACACUUGUUGAAGAUGACACCAAUGGUGCCUCAUUAAACGCUGCUGCCUCCUCAGCGUCCGUUCCGGAUAAUGAAGGCAGAGAUGAAAGUAACGAAGAUUCAUUCGUGGCCACCGCUGUGUGGGAUGACGGAGACGGGGUCUACAGAUGCACCGAUUGCCUCUGGGAAGUCAUCGACCAGUUUUGCCAAGGCUGUGGCAGAACCUAUGAGCAUGACAUGGAAGAUCUCCUUCCUCACGAUCCUUACAGUAGUAUCUCUACCAACGACGAGGCUCUCGUAAGCGACCGAUUUAGAGCACCGCGCGGCACAACCCCGCUGCUAGACAUAGAGCUAGCGCCUGAAGACGUGCAGAAACCGCCUGAAUACUUACGACUCCUCCGUCGGGGGGGAACAGGAGCGAUGUGUGAAAGGUACAAGUUGACAUUUACCGAGAAGGGAGGAAUCACCGCUAGAGCAGAUAAGGGGCUGAGGGAACUCUUCGCGGGCCCCGCAAUCGAUGAAGACGACCUAUGGUCCAUUCACCUUGGGCGGUGCAUCAAGCUGGAAGAAGCGGACACCGACGGCACUCAGUUCAUUCAGGACUUGCUGGAGGAGGUACUCUAUUUCCCUCUUCGCUCCGAAUUCAGCCAGUGCAUCUGGGAGCGCUGGGAGACCGUAAAGACCGACGCGGACGUAUGGGUUACGAGACCAAUCCUCGACCGAUUCGAGCAGCUGGAAAACAGCGACGGCGAAGAUUUCUGGGAUGAUGCGGACGACGAUACAGUAGGCGCUCGCGAGUCCCUGUUGAGGGAUCGGGCUUUGGCCGACGAAUCGGACGAGGAGGUCAUUCAACCCGAUGAGUACGAGAGCACGGAUGAAGAGUCAGGGGUAUCGGACGGCUCGGAUGAUGAAAUGGAAGACGCGGACUGGACGUUCCAAGCCGGAGUGUCUGACGCUGUCUACGAUCCUAGUACGGAUUCGGACAUGGAGGACCAGCUUGAAGAGGACUGUUCAGAUUGCGUUCCAGUCACAAAGACAGAGCUGGACGAUGGAGCCGUGGCAGUCAAGCCUGAGGACCCGUAUGACUCCGCGGACUCGGACUUCGACUCGGAAGAAGAGCUUAGCGGCGACGAAUAUGUGAUCGCAUCAAGAAAGUGA